GUCUAUAGAAUUAAUAAUUGAACCAUUAUCAAGUGUGAUCUUUUGCCUCUGUACAACUCUCUUUUGUUUGGUAAUAAUAUAUUUAACAAUAAUUGAAGCCUCCCAUUGCCUUCCUUCCCGUCCCGCCGGUGACCGUCGGCCAGCAGUUCCUCCGCCUUCCGCCGACCUCCCAUCUUCCUUUCUAUCGCGCAGGUGACCGCCGGCUAGUAGUUCCUCUGCCUUUCGCCAGCCUCUCAUCUUCCUUCUUCUGUGGCCUUCUUGCGUGGCCUGGGAAAUAGAGGUGGCCUGGGAAAAAUUUUCCCCUAAUUUCCUCGCGCAGGGGGGGGGGGGGGUGUAUAUGUCUGUGUUUCGUCAUCGGCGAAUUUUCCGGUGGUGGUGGAGAGGGGUUGCGAGGUUUUUCGGCGACUGUGUCUGUUUUUUUAUGUUUGUCAAACGUUUUUGUAAUGUUUGUAAGUAUGUUUUGUGAUUUUGUAUCAAUUCUGUUUGUAUCGUUUAUCAUUCUAGUUUAUCAUUUUUAUCUAUUAUGUUUGUAAUGGUUAUAUGACUGAUUUGUAUACAUUGUAAUUUGUAAUGUUUGUUUAUCUAGUUUGUAUACUUUGUAUUCUUUGAUUUGUAGUACAAGUUUACUGUUUUGUAUUGUAAGUAGUAGCAUUUUGUAAUGUUAGUAUGUUUUGUAAUUUUUGUCGGUCUAGUUUGUAUUGUUUUUAUAGUUCGUAUGUUUCGUAAUGUUUGUAAAUAUGUUUGUACGUUUUAUCGUUCUAGCUUGUAUAGUUUGUAUGUUUGUAUGGUUUUACUGUUUGUAAGUCCAGUUUGUAUACUUCGUAAUUUCCAUAAUACCCAAACUACCUCUAUCAUUAAUUAAAAAGCCCUUCCCACUUUUUAACCGUCAGAUUGGUCUGUAUAGAUCUAAGGGCUGGAAAGGGUUUAGUCAAGUGACUAAGCACCCCCUUAAUCACAAAAUCCGGUCCCGGAAAGUGACGUGUGCUAUGUUCCAAUUUCCAAAUGAGUCACAGAAUCCGUUAUGAUAAAAUCUCUCAUUAAAAAUCCUCAUUCACGCUAUGAAUUGAAUUGUGUUAGUAUUAACACUAUGCUAAUAAAAACACCCCAACCUUGGCCCAAGAUAAGUUCGCCGCCUAGGAUCACUUACUUUACUUUACGUAGUGGAAAAUGAAAAUUUCUUUCAGUUUCAUGAUCGGACUAUGAAUCCUUUGUUUCUCAGUGAAAAGCCCGUAUUCUUUGUGUAUAUAAAAAGAGAUGGACGGCCUCGCAAAUUAUAUUGCUCAGCUCAAAGUAAAGAAUUGCUCAGGAAGAAUGUCAUGUUUCAAGGUGAAGUCGAACAACCUGUUCCUCUACGGUACCAGCCAGGGUACAAUCGUAGUCCUCGACGCCGGCAACGAUCUCACCAGUCCGACACCCUGCUUCCGCGACUGGAAACCUCUUGCCACCGUUACAUGCCCAGUUAACGCCGCCGACGACAGUACCAUUAUUCCCUUAGCAUGCUGUACAAGACCAAAACAGCUCUACUACGGGGAGCUGCAAUUGUUCGGGGUCGUGAUCGAAGGCCGGACGUUGAGAAAACUACAGACCGAUCUGUACAAUUCCCAGCUGUUGGUGAACCGGGAAGGCUACCAGGUUCAGUACUACAACAGCGGCUCGAGUUCCAAGGCUCUGGUGGUGGGGACCAGCAAGCUCUCCAAGCUGAACGACAUGUUCGGCUGGUGGGAGUACGGGGUGACGCCGCCGCCGAUCAAGACGGUGUGGAACCGUUACGAUCGGAGCAACGGGGAAGUGGUGGUCGAUUUCGAGAAGCUGGGGAGGCGAUUGGUGGAGCGGACUCAGGAGAAGUGGCGUGUUGAAUCGCUAUUGGUGCAGAAGGAGGAGGUUCUUAAGGAGAAGGACGUGUUGAUUGAAGGGAUGAGGAAGGAGAUUGAGGGGUUGAAAGCGAGUUUAGGUGAGUUGGAGGAGAUUAGGGGUCGUUUGGUGACUAAAGAGAAACAAGUGGACUUUUUGAAGACUACCAUUACUGCAUUGAUCUCUAGAAAUAAGCUAUUUUCUGAUUUCGAAUAACUUUGUACUGUCUUUAUUUGGUCUUUAUUUUGUACUCUGUCAUUUGAUUAUCGUAAAUAUUUAGUUUUGCAUAGAUUUCCAGUGACUAUUGUAUUUUGGAAAUUUCUUAUAAAAUUUUGUGACACGCUAAAACACAACACCAAACUGCGAUCAAGUGCAAUCGCAGUCUGGGAAUGCAGUAAGUGGCAAGCUCUAUUUGUCAACCCGAGGCCUAGAUCUAUUGCCUACUCCGUAAUUAUUUAUUAUCUAGCAAACUAAGUCGAGUGAUUGUGGUUUUAACUAAAAGCAGUAAGAAAGUAGGAAAAUGGUU